GAGUAGCAACCGAGUGCUUAUCUGUAUUGCCGCCUGGUAUAAACUUCAGGCCGACCUACUAGUGCUGACAAUGACUCUUCGCGGAUUAUUCACCCUACCCACCUCUGUGGACACGAGACAGAGUUCUUUGAAUGUUACAGGUUCGCCCACGACGUGCAGGGGUUGGCCCUCAAAAUAGAUGCCUUAGUAAAUAGCGUCUAUCCUGGCACUGACCGCUUCUGUCCGUCGCAUGGACAAAGGUGUCUCUUUACACCUUUCUCCUUGUGGAAAACUCUAAAGAGCGUCAUGAGACUACUUGUCUUUACCACGAGGAUGGUCAUCCGUCGGACCUAUAGCAACCUUUCUUGAACCGGCGGGGUUACUGCAAGCCUCCACAAGCUUCACUGCUCAGGUGUUUCUCAACUCAACUUGAAGAUGCCAAGUACAGCGUCUCACCCUUUCGACGCCUCUGACGCGGAUAUUAUUCUGCGAUCAAGCGGUCCUGAACCAGUCGAUUUCCGAGUGUAUCGGCAAAUCCUCGUUCUCUCUUCCCCAGUUUUCGCAACGAUGUUCACUCUGCCUCAGUCCCAAAGUGCGGGGAACGAAGUCGACAUUCCCGUUGUCGAACUAUCCGAGGGCGCGGAUAUUCUUGAUCCUUUAUUGCGCUUCAUCUACCCCGUCGCUCGUCCUAACAUCCAAACGCUCGACGCGAUGACCCCCCUUCUCGAGGCCGCUUCGAAGUAUGAUCUGGCAGUGGUGCCGGGCACUUUGCGCUAUAAACUCUUGUCUACAUCGAUCCUCGAGAAGGAACCACUUCGUGUCUACGCGAUUGCUAUGCGAUACGGCUUCGAGGAGGAAGCUAAGAUUGUCCCGCCCUAUACGCUCCGCACGAAGCUCCUCCAUACCCCCCUCAUUAAAGAACUCGAGCAUAUCAGUGGGUAUGCAUACCAUCGGUUGAUUCUGAUGUAUUGCAAGCGCGGAUCGGAGGCUGCGAGACUCUUGGACACCUGGAAUCCGCGUUGUAGGUACGAUUCGACGGCGUGUACCCAGUGGAUGGAUGAUUAUAAACGAAGGGCACGAGAAGAGUUGUUGGUUAGACCUGCGGGCGAUUCAAUAUUUAUUUCAUCUUUCAUAUGGGCCAGGCACACCUUUUGUGGGAACACCGGCUGUGAGUUAAGCAAGGGUUUGGAAUCUCUGCGAGCACAAAUCGAUGUGUUACCCGACACAAUUUAGCUGUUUUCCUUGACUUCAUUUAUUAUCAUGUGGGGAUAUGUACAGUACUCUAAUUACGUCGUCAUUAAAGCAUAUGUUCCGCAUACGUUUCAUGGAAAAUACACAUUAUAUGAGA